CCUCCUCCUUCCUUCCCCUUCUCUCCUCUCUCUCAUCGCCACGGUCUCCUCCUCUUCUUUCAUGUUUAUCUGAAUAAAGACUAUGCCCUCGAAGAAUUCCGACUUCAUUUGUUUAGUUUCGAUCAUCUGAUUGCAGAACGGACAUUUUCGUCUGCUUAUAUAGUCACUCCACAAAACUGCGGGAUCUUCUAAAGGAAGCUGUAUACAUGCAACAUUGCAGCUUGCUGCCAACGCAAUCAAGUGUCGCAGUCAAUUGUUCGUUUCGUUCUUCUUUUGUCAUUGCAAAAUCUUAAACAUCAAGCAUCACAAAUCUGCAGUACCCUAGUAGAGUUAGGAUAUUAGGUACCAUAAAUGGGGAAAAUUCCACCUUCCUUUCGUUCUGCAAUUUCAAACCCACUGCUUAGAAAGCCAUCGUCUCUAGUUCCUGCAGAAACUUCACAAUCGGCCGUUACUCCAUCUGGAAAGCCCCGUUACUUACCCAAGAAGUCCUCCAAUAAAAAACCAUCCCAACUGCCUGGAAAAGUGAAAGAGACCAAGGAUUCUGACCCUUCAACAACUCAAAAAGCACUAAAACUCUUCAAAUCUCCAAGCCUCUCUGAUGCCAAGGAUGUUUUUGACUCGAUCAUUAAGAGUUCAAGGACCUUCAUUGACCAUCGUUUUUAUAAUUCUCUUUUUCAAGCAUAUGCUUCAAUCUCUACUGUGAAUGAUUCUGUUGCCUUUCUCCGUCAUAUGAUGAAAAGCAAUCCUACUUUCUCACCUGACAGAUCAAUAUACCACAUCUUGCUUUCCCAAUCCUGUAAAACGCCUGAUUCAGGCCUUGCUCCUGUUCAUCAAGCCCUGAAUUUAAUGGUCAGCAAUGGCAUGAACCCUGACAAAGUUACAACUGAUAUAGCUGUCCGAUCACUAUGUUCAGCAGGUCGCUUAGAGCAUGCGAUUGAAUUGGUCAAAGAAUUGUCCUUGAAACACUCAGUGCCUGACACUUACACAUUCAAUCUUCUUGUUAAAAAUUUGUGCAAAUCAUGUGCAUUAAGCACUGUCUACAAUUUUAUUGAUGACAUGCGGAACUCUUUUAAUAUAAAGCCUGAUCUUGUUACUUAUACAAUUUUGAUUGAUAAUGUUUGUAACACCAAAAACUUGCGGGAGGCUUUGCGAUUGGUGAGUGUGCUCAGAGAGGAGGGGUUUAAGCCUGACUGCUUCGUUUACAAUACAAUAAUGAAGGGAUACUGCAUGCUAAGUAAGGGAAGUGAGGCGAUUGAGGUUUAUAAUAAAAUGAAGGAAGAAGGAGUGGAGCCUGAUCUUGUCACUUACAACACUUUGAUUUUUGGGUUAUCAAAAGCUGGUCGAGUUAAGGAAGCUAAAAAGUUCUUGGGUAUCAUGGCUGAAACGGGUCAUUUCCCUGACGAGGUUACGUAUACCUCAUUGAUGAAUGGAAUGUGCAGGGAGGGGAAUGCCACGGGUGCAUUGGCAUUGUUGGAGGAAAUGGAAGCAAAAGGGUGCACUCCAAAUUCAUGCACAUAUAACACACUGCUACAUGGCUUGUGUAAAUCAAGGAUGUUGGAUAAAGCCAUUGAGCUGUAUGGAGUGAUGAAAUCUGGUGGUCUGAAGCUUGAAACUGCUUCUUAUGCUACCUUUGUCCGGACUCUGUGUAGGGAUGGGAGAAUUGCAGAAGCUUAUGAGGUCUUUGACUAUGCAAUUGAGAGCAAGAGUUUGACAGACGUCACUGCCUACUCAACAUUAGAGAGCACGCUUAAAUGGCUGAAGAAGGUCAAAGAACAAGGUUACACAAUUUGAUCGGUCUGUGAUGCCAGCGAGGGCUGCUUAGCUUGGUUCCUUGAUGGAGUGCGGCAAACAUUUCUUCACAAAAAAUUAAGGUCGGCUUGACAGCAAAACUUGGAAACUACAUGUGUAAGCUUAUUAGUUCAUUUUCGAUCAAGUUGCAGUGGUGGUACAGAUGAGAGAUCUCGUUAGGCUGUCGGAGGAGUUUCUCAGCCAUGAUCCUUUGCUUUGCACAAGUUUCCAGCUAAAUCGAGUAAUAAGUGUAAAAUGCAAGGUAAUGAAACCAGUUGAACUCCAUGGCUUUCGGCCUUUUGAGAUAUGUGCAAGAUCUAAGCCGCCAAAACUUCCGACGGAUGAAAUUAUUUGCUCCUUCAUGCAAGAUGGCGCCUUCAUACACACGAAAGGAUCUGUUUAUGUUCUUGCAGACUCUAAUUUUGCCAUCAGUUGUUCCUUAUUUUGGUGUCAUAAUGUGCAACCGUGCUCCUGAUUUGUGGCAUUGAUAUAAUUGAUUUCAUAUAGCGGUAAA